UACAGAAACAGAAUAAUCCAAAAUUCCAGCACUAUUAGCUUUGGGAGGAGUAAAGAGCAAGACCGAGAGAAAAGACUCUCCGCUGCCUCUCUCACUCUCCUUUUGCCUCUUACUUUUACUGGUUUUGAUCAGUGGAUUGAAGUAUUGUUUUUGAGAUGAUGGGUUUAGGGUCUUUGGGUAAUGGAGGAUCUUCAUCCUCCUUCUCCAAUUUAUCACCUUUAGCCCCUCCUUUUACUGUUGAUCGUUCCAAUUCUUCAAACCCACUGUUGAAUUCCUCAUUUGGACAGUCUUGGCAAUAUGCUGCUGCUGAUCCUUCACCAUCUGGACACAAUUUUUUCUCAAAGCAUGAAAUUGUUACUGAUUCUGUGCCCACAACUUGCUUGCCUGAGUUUUCCCCUUCUGAUUCUGUUAUCAGACCGCCCAACAGUAACAACCUUUGGUCAACUCCAAACCCUACUGCUAAUACUUCGACUGACCCGUAUUCUUCGUUUGGCUGUGAGGGAUAUUAUGCCCCUUAUGUGCCUAGUUCAGUAAUGACCAAUGACACCCCCUCGGUGCCAUUCAAUGAUCCUUCGUUUGAUGUCUUGCCUAAUUCUGGUGGUAAUAUCCCUGUUAAUGUAUCCUCUCAAGUUGAUUAUACCCAGAGCUUGUCUGGUUUGGAAUACCCGGUACCCCAUUGGAAAUCAGUUUGGAGUCAAACGACUGAUGGAAAGCAAGAUGAGAUGAAAGUUAAUGCUAGUGCUUCAAUUGGUUAUAGAAAUUGCGUUUCUCAAGGUAAUUCAUUUGAAGGUGUGAACAUAGCUGGAGAAGAUACUAGUGCUCUCUCUGGAAAUUUUACUGAUGGAAUAUACAUUGGGCCCCCAAGUAUGGGACAUAUGGAUGACAAAUCAUAUCUUGCUCAAGAACCAGUCUACCCAUCUUUUAACUCAAAAACAGCUUGUACGGGUUCAAUUCCUUCUGCAUCUUGCCAAGCGGGACUUUCUUUAGGAUCAUCUAACAAUUACCUGAACUAUGAAAACCCUUUUACUCCACAUGAGAAAUUCUUCCAACCCCUUGAUUCUUGUCUCCGUGAUACUACAUCCACAUCAAAAUCUUCUCCAGUAGUGGUUAUCAGACCAGCACCUUCUGCACCUUCUGGAAGCCGUUUCUUGGCACAGAAGACAGACUUGAACAGAACUGUUGAUAUUUGCAAAACUGGAGCUAGUAAGAGGGAGAAAUCAGAUGUCUAUGACCUCUUAAAAGGUGAGGAAACUCGCCUACCAAUAGGUUUUCCGGUCAAAGGGGUUUCCUUGGAAGCAAGCCCACUGAACUUUGGUAAGGAUCUCAAGGACAGUAUUGUUUUUGCAUCGUCAUCAAUUAGCAAUCAGCAUCCUUGUGGUAGCAAUACAGUAGAGGUUACAGUUAAAGAAAGAUCUGGAUCUCAAGCUCCUUACGGUAGUGCACCACCUGUGACUUUUACUGAGAAAUGUUCAGAUGCUUUAGAUCUUCAUAACUCAAAUGAAGAUUCACCCUGCUGGAAAGGUUCUCCUGCUUUUCGUAUUUCUCUCUGCGACUCUGUUGAAGCUCCAAGUCCAUGCCACUUCAAAAGCAAACUAGAAUGCUCUGAUUUUGGUCAAAGCAAUCCUUUGUUCCCUCCAGCGGAACAUUCAGGGAGAACUGACGAUCUACAUAAACAUAACGUAUGUGCAGCAGGAAUUGGUCUGUCAGUUCCUUCACAAGGCACUGGAACUAAUAACUACAUUACAGAAGAACACAGGAACAAUGAUGUCACAAAAGAAACAUUUGAGCAUAUGAAUCUGUCCAACGACAGUAGGGUACUUAAGUUUUCUGAAGAUCUGAACAAGCCUAGCAAAGGAUAUGGGCUACCUCAGUACUCUGAAAAUGAUUCUCAACUACAACCGCACCUUACUGUUGAUGAACACAAAUAUGGACCCACAAAUCAUGGUUUGACGGAGGGUUUUAUUUAUUCUGAUCUGAACCUCAAUGAUGCAUUAGAAGGUGGAGUAGUUGCACUUGAUGCUGCAGAGAAUGUUUUACGUUCACCAGCUUCUCAAGAAGAUGCUAAGCAGGCCCAACCAUAUCAAAUGGGGUCAAGUCCAAAAUUGGAUGUUCAAACACUUGUUCAUGCAAUUCAUAACCUUUCGGAGCUGCUUAAUACUCAAUGUUUAACUAAUGAAUAUCUACUGGAGGAACAAGACCUUGACGCCCUUAAGCAUGCAAUUACUAAUCUUGGUGCAUGUACCUCUAAGAAGAUUGAAACAAAAGAAACAAUGUUUUCCCAGCAUAACACUUUUGAAAAGUCUGGAGAAUCUCGCCGCUCUUAUACGGGCACUGGGACAGGCAAUCCCCAGUUUAUGGAAGAUGUUGCUUGGGAUGCUUGUGGACUUGGUUACCCGCCUAUGCAUGAAGAUAAGAGCAAGAAUGAUGGUAAGAAUGUUGUGAGUUCAUCCCUUCUAACUCGUUCUGCAGAUAAAUUAGGGGAUUCAAAGGAAGAACAAGUAGCCCAGGCUAUAAAGAAAGUCCUCAAUGAGAACUUUCUCUGUGAUGAAGCAAUGCCGCCCCUAGCCCUUCUUUUCAAAAAUCUAUGGCUUGAAGCUGAAGCAAAACUAUGUUCCCUAAGCUAUAAAGCUCGUUUUGACCGUAUGAAGAUUGAAAUGGAGAAGCAUAAAGUGAGCCAAGGAAAAGACUUAAACCUGAAUUCCUCAGUGGCACCUGAAGCUGAAAAUGACUUAGCGUCAAAGACUUCCACCCAGAGUCCCUCUCCUUCAAACAAACUUGUCCACAUUGACGAUUCUGAGGAUUCUGUAAUGGAGAGAUUCAAUAUCUUAAAUAGAAGGGAAGAGAAAUUGAGUUCAUCAUUCAUUAAAGAGGAAAAUGAUUCUGCUGUGGUUGCCGGUGGUGCUGGGGAUUCUGUUACGAUGAGACUAAAUAUCUUGAGGCAACAGGGAAACAACUUCAGGUCAUCUUUCUUAGAAGAGAAUAAGGAUCAGGAUGUGGUUGCAAAUGAUGCUGAGGACUCUGUUAUGGCGAGACUCAAUAUCCUAAGACAACGGGGAGACGACUUGAAAUCAUCUUUUGUGGAAGAGAAAAAAGAUCAGGAUGUGGUUGCCAAUGAUGCUGAGGAUUCUGUUUUGGCAAGACUCAAUAUCCUAAGACAGCGAGGAGACAACUUGAAUUCAUCUUUCAUGGAAGAGAAAAAGUAUCCAGAUAUGGUUGCCAAUGAUGCUGAGGAUUCUGUUAUGGCAAGGUUCAAUGUAUUAACACAUCGGGGAGACAACCUGAAUUUACCGGUUAUGGAGGUUAAAAAAGAUUCGGAUAUGGUUGCUGCUGGUUCUGCAGGUAUGGAGAAGCUUGGGUUGUCAAAAGGAGAAGUAUCAGAAGAUCAGAGAGCAAAUGUGGUAAUAGAACCUUACUUUUACUAUCACAAUGUUAAUGUGAGCGAAGGUGAAUUUGGAUCUUAUGUGGAUGAUUCUGGAUAUGACUCCAUGAAACAGUUUCUUCUCUCCGUUGCGGAUGAUCCAGUUGUCCAUUCGAAUUGGAAGGUCAGACCGGGAAAUCAACACUCUUCAGCAUUGUAUGAUAAUGCUUCUUCAGAUUGGGAGCAUGUAGCAAAGGAUGAAAUUGUGUGACAGUUGAUGAAAUGUUGGUUCAAAAAUACUUUGAUGUUUAUGUUUAGUUAACGCAUGAAAACACUGUAUAUAUUGUAGAGUGAACUUAAUACUUAUGCUUGUGUCUAUUUUCUGAUACUGCAAUAUGCGUAUUUGGUUGUGCACAAAGUUCAAUUUCUAGCUUAGUUGUAUAGUCAUUACUAUAUCUUGGCAAAACAUUUGUUGUAGCUUAGUUAGAACUUCGUCAGGUGAAAAAAUGACAACCAUGGUAGGUUGUUUUUAUCAAGUAC